UGUUUGAAUGCACCAAAUUGUUACCAAGCAGUUGACGCCUUCACACCCCAAUAAACGAGGCUUUCUGCGAACAAACAAACCUCCUAGUGUGGUUCUCUGCUACUCCUCUGACCGGUGAUGGAGCUGUCUUGUGAGUCAAUGAGACAUCCUGAGGACGGAAGACCGGCCAGUUGCAAGUUUGUGGAGCUCCAUGUGCUGUACGUACCAGAGGACCAGUGGAAUGUGAAGCUCAAUAAAGUCCCCGCUGACGCCAUAGAGAGCUUUAUAUCUGCCGGCUUCAUAAGGGUUUAUCCCGACAUCACCCUGAAAACGCUGAGGAGCGAGUUGGUGGCUGUUCUCGGCACUGAGAGGCAAAUCGAAAAAUGCUCCUUCCUCAAAUGUGUCGGCCGCAGUUUGGCUCUGGUCAAGAGCAAACAGGAGAAGUAUCUGAAAGUGAAAACAUUCGCGCCACCAUAUGCCCCACAGCCGGAACUUUACCUGCUGCCCAGUGUGGAGAUCGACUGCAGCGUUUGCACCAAUUUGCUCACCCCAGACACCAGCAGCAGCUCCCCAGACCUCCAGACCAGUUACCAGCCACCUGGAACAAAAGAGGCCAUUAAAUUCCCCCUCAUCCCCCAGUGUUCCCAUCAGCCACCUCCCACUCCGGGCCUGGAAGAGGAGGAGGAGGAGGAGGAGGAGGAGGAGGAAGAAGAUGAGGACCCAAGCUAUAGUUCUUCAGAGGCAGAGGGAGAAAAUGAAGAGGAAGGUCUCUCUUCCAACAAGUCAGAGUGGGCAGAGCAAGAAUGUCGCCCGAGGAAGCCUCAUAAUCAAAAGGCAAAGCUGCUUGUUUCACAGAAGACUCUGGAGGACAGAGACUCCGGCUUCUCACUCACAGACGGGCUCGGCAAAUCAAAAGAUUUACAUGCAUUGAAGUCCUUAAGGACUAAACCAACAAAUAAGGUUGGAUUGUCUCGAUGUGUUGGGCCCACCUCUCCACCUCCGGGUCGAAAAACAACCGUCCGUCCCGUCUUUCAGACGACCAGGGAGGAACUGAUGGAGGAAAUCAAGCUGGUGAGGGAGGAGAGAAAGGAACGGGAGUGGACGAGGCAGGAGUUGCUGAGAAAGGGGAAAGAUCUGUUGGCUCAAAACAGACAUCGCAGGAACCAAGCACGUGACAGUUGGAAGAAAAAAUACUUUGAGACCAAGAAGGCCACAGCACCAUUGGAGGAAAAUCUGAGAAGUUUACGGCGAGAGUUGGAGACAUUUUACAACAAACUCUUACACCAGCUCCAGGCCAGAGAUAACAGGGGGAAGCCAAGACGAUCGGGAAGCUCUCACAUGAAGAAUGAGCUCAUCAUUCAGAUCAUGACAGAGAGCCAUGAGAUUGACAACCUGAAGAGGAAGGUAGAGGAUGCCAAGAUGAAGCUGGUAACGGAGAUAAAGCUGAGGAAACAGGCUGCCACAGAGCUGAAGGCCCUGAAGGUUGAGCUGGCCCAGAAGAAGAGUCAGUCCUCUCAUCCCGUUCCCUUGUCCUCUCUGGGUUUUGGAAAGACCACACGGGAUUGACCGCAAGUUCAUACUAUCUCCAUUUAAUUCAGAACGUACGCGCUUUGAAUAUAACUCCUUUGUUGGGAGACCAGUUGAUGUUAAUUUGUUAUGCUGCAGUUAAGUAAUUUUGUGCAUUUACUUUUCCUGUUUAUUCGUUAAUAUGAAGUUGAUUUUUUUUUUCAAAAUGGUAUUUUAGAAUAAAGAAAAUGAAUGUCGUUAAAAAAAAAGUGUGCCAUAAAAAAAAAAAACUAUACAAUGUCUGACAGUGAGAGUAAUAAAAGGCACCGCACAGUCCUUUAAUAGUCUGUCCUAAAAGCAACUUAAUAGUAUCAAGACAAUUUUUUUUUUAUUUGAGAUGUGUCCAAUAUAUGUGGCUAAAGAUAUUUUUAUUAAAUUGUUCAAAGGAAACCUGGGUUCAUCAAGUCAUUAUAUCUCCAUUUGUCUCAUUUAUGAAAAUUCAACAAUUGUCAACAGCAAGGUUCAUAACCUUCUGUAUUCAGACUAUUUAAGUUAUUACUAAAGACAAAUACAGCAAAACACAUUCUUUUAUAAAAAAGGUAUUCUUAAUCUCGGAUCACGGAAGAGCCCAAAACUAAAAUGUUUAAACGGUUAUUUCACUUUAAUAACAAAUAGAAAAACAGAAUAUCAGAAAAUGUUUAAUUUAUGAAAAGCCUUAAAGUGCAAAGAUCUCAGUUAACGCAAUAUUUGUCAUAACAAAUACUGUCCAAAUCACAUUAAAGAGAU